AAUAUGAGGCUAAGCUUUCGAGAAAGUUGUGCCCAAAAGACUGUCAAAUCGCUAAUCUUGGCAAUAGCCAAAAUACUGUUAAAUCAAUUAAUAAAUAAUAUUCCAUUUUACCAAGGGUUUGCCGCUAGUAACCCUCUUAACAGUUGGGACCCCAUCCAUUUUUGUUGACCCAACUCACAGGGUUUAAGAUAAAUAUAUUGGAGGAAGCUUUUGAUAGCCUUCUGCAACAGAGUCCUCUGUCACCAUGGAUGGCAAUAUUAGGCAUGUUGAUUUGCAGGGAAAAAGCAGAGUUUUGAUAUUUGGAGCGACCGGUUACAUGGGUCAUUUCAUUGCCAUGGCAAGCUUAGAAUCUGCCCACCCAACAUUUGCUUUUGUUAGACCUUCAGCUCUUCAGGAUCCUGUCAGGGCUGAAGUACUUAGCAAUUUAAGGUCUUCUGGAAUUCAUAUCAUAGCUGGAUCUCUGGAGGACCCUGAAUCACUGGUCAGAGCAAUUCAAGGAGUGGAUGUUGUGAUUUCUCUCUUGGGAGGAGCCCAAAUCAUGGAGCAGUUGAAGAUAAUUGAUGCAAUCAAGGAAGUGGGCACUGUCAAAAGGUUUCUGCCGUCUGAAUUUGGACAUGAUGUUGAUAGAGCUGAACCUAUUGAACCUGCUUUGAGUUUUUAUGAAACCAAGAGAAGAAUAAGAAGAGCCACAGAAGAAGCCAAGAUUGGUUACACAUACAUUUGCUGCAAUUCUAUAGCUGGGUGGCCUUAUCACUAUCAUACCCAUCCUUCCAAGAUGUUACCACCAACAGACAAGAUCCACAUCUAUGGUGAUGGCAAUAUUAAAGCCUAUUUUAUGACUGGAAGAGAUAUAGGAUCUUAUACAGUGAGGGCAAUAGAAGACCCCAGGGCUCUGAAUAAGAAGCUUCACUUUAGACCCGCAGAUAACUUCUUAACAAUGAAUGAAUUAUCAGUCAUUUGGCAGAAGCAACUGGGCAAGAAGUUACCAGUGGCUGUUAUCAGUGAAGAAGACUUAUUGAAGUGUGCACGAGCAAAUGUGAUACCAGCAAGCAUAGUUGCAGCCAUAACUCAUGACAUAUUUAUCAAGGGAUGCCAGUUUAAUUUUUCAAUUGAAGGCGAAGAGGAUGAAGAGGCAUGCCAACUCUAUCCUGAUAUCAAAUACACUAAAUUGGAGGAUUACUUUAGCAGCUUUUCAUCAAAUUUGCAGCCAGAAAAUUAAAUUCUACUGUUAUAUUUAGUUUAUAGAUAUUAUUAGAUUUUGGUAAAAAAAUACUUUAGUAGCUUUUUAUCAAAUUUACAGGUAGAAAAUUAAUUUCUACUGUAAUAUUUAGUUAAUAGAUAUUAUUAGAUUUUGGUGAAUCUUGUAAAGAAAGUAGACUUUAAUUUAAUAGGUGUGAUUAGAUUUUGGUGAAGA